AUGGGUGAUAGUGACGAUGAUUUUGAUAGUCGACGAAAUCGAGAUAAAUUUCGUCGUGAACGUGAUGAUUAUAGUGGAAAUCGAGCUAAUAGCAAUCGAAGUAGUGGUGGUGAUUGGAAUGAUGGACGAGAUCGAUCAAAUCAAUUUCGACGACAAUAUCCUGGUAGUGGAGGACCACCACCUGGACGUGAUUUUCCACCACGAUAUAAUCGAAGUCCUGGUCGAUAUGAUAUGAGUCCACCACAUAAUAAACGUGUUCGUCGUGAUUGGGAUGGUCUUGAUCAACCACCAACUCAUUUUGAUCCACCUGGUGGUUCACCGUAUUUUCAUGGUGGUUCAAAUUUUCAUCCAAAUUUUCCACCUGCACUUCAUCAAUCAGCUGGUACAUCAGCUGAUCAAUUUAAUAAAGAGACAUCUGAUGGUGUAACACAACCACCAAUGUUAAGUUUUAAACAUUUUCUACAAGAUCAAGAUGAUAAUAUUGAUCAAGAAGAAGCUGUUAAACGUUAUAAUGAAUAUAAAAUAGAUUUUAAGAAAACUCAAAUUGCUGAAUUUUUUACAGCACACAAAGAUGAAGAUUGGUUUAAAUAUAAAUAUCAUCCAGAUGAAUAUUCAAAACGUCGUGAAGAACAACGACAAAUUAUUAAAAAACGACUUGAUAUAUUCAUGGAACUUCAUAAUAAAGGUUAUUUAGAUGAUGUUAGUGUUGAUAUUGAAAAUCAACGUGCACUUACACGAUUUCUUGAUGCCGUUGUCAUCAAAUUGGAAGGUGGUAAUGAUCAUGAUCUUCGUGCUCUUGAUGUAGCAGUAUCAUCAAGUAAUACGACUAUUGAAAAUGAUGAUGGUGAUGAUGAUAUACCUAAACAAUCAUCAACAAUUAAUGAACCAGUACGAUCAGAAAAAACAGAUAGUUCAACAUCUGUAACAGGAACUGAUUCAAAAAAAUCAUUGGAAAAUACAAUAAAACGAGAAGGUAGUGUAUCAGAUGAUGGAGCAGUAUCAGAUGGUGCAGAAGAUGAUGAAGAUGAUGAAAAGAAGCUAACUGAAAAAAAGGAAAUAUCAAUAAAAAAUGAAGUAUCAAAUGAAAAACAAGAAAAUGGAUCUUUAACUGUUGAAUCAAAAGAAACUAUUGAUGUUAAAAUAUCUUCACAAGAUAAUGAACCAGAAGCUGGUGAAGUACCUGAUGCACCACGAUCAUUACAUCGUACACUAUCAAUCUUUUUUCGUCAUUUGGCUAUGCAAACAACAAAAGAAGAUCUUGAAAAUAUAUGUAAACAAUAUUCAGGUUUUCGACGUGUUUGUAUAACAGAUCCAGCACCUGAACGAAAAUUUUUUCGACGUGGUUGGGUAACAUUUGAUCAUUCAGUUCAAAUUCGUAAUAUUUGUUAUGAACUUAAUUCAACAAAGUUACAUGAUGUUGAUAUGGGAGCAAUUAUUAAUCGUGAACUUAAAAAUCGUAUACGUACUAUUAAUGGUAUAGGACAACAUAAAACAAUUGUACGAAAUGAUCUUCGACUUAUAACAAAAAUUAUUCAACAAUUAGAUGAUCGAUGGAAUAUUUGGGAAUCAAUAAACAAUGAUAAUAUUGAAAAAAAGGCACAAACUUUAUCAACUGAUGAUUCUGAAAUAUCUUCAUCAACAGCAUCAAUGAUUAUAUCACCAGUUAAAAAUAAAAAACCAACUGGUUUUAUUAGUCAUAAUCCAUUAUUAAAAAAUAUAACAGAAUAUCUCGUAGAAGAAGCUGAUGCUGAAGAAGAAGAAUUACUUGGUGAAACAUCAAAUCGACAAAGUGAUUCAAAUACAUUUGAAAUGGAUAAACAAUUAACUAAAGUUCUUGAUCGUUUAAUACUCUAUUUACGUGUUGUUCAUUCAAUUGAUUAUUAUAAUGGUACAGAAUAUGCACAAGAAGAUUCAAUGCCUAAUCGUUGUGGUGUUAUUCAUGUACGUGGUGCACCAUUAUCAUCAAUAACAGAAACUGAAUUAACACAUUUUAUGCAACAAUUUGAAGCACGUCUUAAACCAUUUAUUGAUUUUCAUGAAAAAUUAGAUGAUGACGAAGCUAUUAAAUUAGGUGCAAAAAAUGAACAAGAUGAAAUAGAAAAAUUUAUUAAUGCUAAUUGUCAAGAAGUUGGAAAAGAUAAAUGGUCAUGUCCAUUGAGUGGUAAAAAAUUUAAAGGUCCAGAAUUUGUUCGAAAACAUAUUUUAAAUAAACAUCAAGAUAAACUUGAUGAAGCUAAAAAAGAAGUCGUCUAUUUUAAUAAUUAUUUAUAUGAUCCAAAACGACCACAAUUACCUGAACAUCCUUCAACACGACCAGGAGCAAUACCAACAGGACCGCAUCCAUCUGGUUUACCAUUACCUACACCGUCGACACCAAUGGCAGGUCAAGGAUUACUUAAUCGACCACCCAUGUGGCCUUCAAUGUCAGCACCAGCUCAUCCUGGUCCACCAGGUCAUUAUUAUAAUCAAUUUCAUCAACCUCGACAUCCUCGACCACCAUUCAUGUUUCAAGGUUCUAGUGGUCCAAUACAUCGAGCACCAAUGAAUCGACAAUUAAAAAGUUACGAAGAUCUUGAUGCACCAAAUGAAAUGUUACUUUAA